AUGUACGGAGAAUCAGGGCUCAAGCUGGUCCAGCAUGCGAAGCGCACCCUGAAGCUACCUCACCUUCCGCCGUACCAGACAGAACUUGUUCGUGCGACUACACGCGAAGUGCGUGACCUAGACAAGGAUGUUGCGACCCUCCUCGAACCCUUCGCGGGCUCCUUCGACCCUUCAUCGGAGCCAGCCACUGCUUGUGCACUCCUGACCAACCAUCUAUGCAUGCGAAGAAACAAACGAUGUCUGCUUGCCUACCACCGUAACCGAACCGACAAGCUGGAAGAGAUGUGCUGGAGCGGCGUUGAUGUGCUGGAACGCCAACAACAACAACCGAACAGGAACGGAAAGGAAGGAGGCAACUCGGGCGGCGACGGAGGUUCCAGCAGUCUGAGUCCAGAGGAGGAGGAAUAUGUACGGCAGUACAGUGAUUUGCUGGCCGCGUACAAGGGACAAUGGACAGACAUUGAUCUUACCGGCAGUCUUGAACCUCCAAAGGAUUUGUUCAUUGACGUACGGGUGCUCAAGGAUGCUGGCGAGAUCCAGACCGAAUACGGUGCCAUCACGUUGACGAAGAACAGCCAGUUUUACGUGCGUCAGGGAGACGUGGAGCGAUUAAUACAACAGGGAUAUCUCCAACGUCUGAGCUGA